AGGAAACGAGCCCCUUAUAGCUAAGAAGACAAUAUUCAUUUCAUCACUGCGUGUGUUUUCUCUUUCUACUGCUACUACUAGUCUCCUCCACUUUUCUUUUUUCUAUCUUUCUUUCUUCUAUAAUAAUAUUCCUUUUUAUGCGUUGAACGCUGCGCGUGUGUGUACAACUUGAAUUGAUCGGAUUAUUGUAAGUUGGAACAGUGAAUUUACAAAGUCAAGCCCCUCUUUGAUCAAGGGUUAUGGAGAGUGAAGUUUGACUAUGCAAAUCCUCAUGCAGAAUAAAUAAGCUAGACAGGAAGCUUUUGUGCUGCAGUAGCUUUAUCAGAGAAAAUGUUGGAGGCUCCUAAGUUUGCAGGACUUAUAGACUUAAAUGAGAACCAUGAUAACUAUGGCAUCACUCAAAACUUUUACCAUAAGCUUGGUGAGGGGUCAAACAUGUCAAUCGACAGUUAUGGGAGUUUGCAGAUGAGCGAUGGUGGAGGUUCCGUUGCGAUGUCAAUGGAUAACAGCAGUGUUGGAUCAAAUGGCUCCCACACUCGUAUUUUAAACCACCAGGGCCUCAAGCGUGUCCGCAACUAUUCUGUGGUAGGUAGUGUAAACAGGGGGAGAGUUUCUCAAGGGUUGAGUGAUGAUGCCCUAGCUCAAGCUUUGAUGGAUCCUCGAUCUCCUACUGACGGGCUUGAGAAUUAUGAUGAGUGGACGAUUGAUUUGAGGAAGCUGAACAUGGGUCCAGCUUUUGCUCAAGGUGCUUUUGGGAAACUCUACAAGGGAUCAUACAAUGGUGAGGAUGUUGCAAUCAAGCUUCUAGAGAAGCCAGAAAACGAUCUCGAGAGGGCUCACUUGAUGGAGCAGGCAUUUCAGCAGGAAGUCAUGAUGUUGGCAAGGUUGAAACAUCCAAAUAUAGUGCGUUUUAUUGGUGCAUGCCGUAAACCAAUGGUCUGGUGUAUUGUGACUGAAUAUGCAAAAGGGGGAUCAGUGCGUCAGUUUCUGGCCAGGCGACAAAAUCGAUCUGUGCCCUUGAAGUUAGCAGUGAAACAGGCUUUAGACGUGGCAAGGGGAAUGGAAUAUGUACAUGACCUGAAUCUGAUACACCGUGACCUGAAAUCUGACAAUCUACUGAUUGCUGCGGACAAGUCAAUCAAGAUUGCGGAUUUUGGGGUUGCUCGUAUUGAGGUGCAGACUGAAGGAAUGACACCAGAGACUGGAACAUAUCGCUGGAUGGCUCCGGAGAUGAUCCAGCAUCGGCCUUACACCCACAAAGUUGAUGUUUAUAGUUUUGGCAUCGUUUUGUGGGAGCUGAUAACAGGUAUGCUUCCGUUCCAGAAAAUGACCGCUGUGCAGGCAGCUUUUGCUGUAGUCAACAAAGGUGUUCGUCCAGCAAUACCCAAUGAUUGUUUGCCUGUUCUAAGUGAGAUCAUGACCCGCUGCUGGGAUGCUAACCCUGAUAAUAGGCCACCAUUCUCUCAGGUGGUCAGAAUGCUUGAGAUCGCGGAAACAGAGAUCAUGACAACCGUCAGAAAGGCCCGUUUUAGGUGCUGCAUAAGUCAACCUAUGACUACUGAUUAAUGUGGAAGCAGUAAAAGCAGGGGUAAAAAAUUUGAAGAAGCCAAAACAAUAGAUGAUUUUAACUCCUCUACGUGUAUCUCUAUCAAGCAUAAUUUCUUUGUUCAGAUAGAAAAGGGAGCAAGUUAUGAGUACUAUUUGUUUCUUUGCUGUAUCUCUUUUUGUUCUCUUUGGAUUUAAGAUGCUGAUUAGUAGUAAUAGAGAGGGCUGAUGUGUAUUUAUACCUGUCCUUUUAUGGAAUUGUUAGACCCUACACUUUGUUGUUGUAAGUUUGAUCAAAAUAUAUAGUGUCCUGAUGAUCUUACUUUCUGA